AUGUCGAGCUUACUUGUCUCUUUAACGCAUUUCUGCGACAAGCACGGGCCGAAGCUGCUGGUGGUCACGCAAUGCGCCAAAAGCGCCGAGGAAUGCGAAAAGCUCCUGCUGCCCAACUACCCCAGCGACUCGUACUGCGACUCUUGCCACAUCUCGUUUCCCACGGACCAGGAGAGCAAGUCGAUCCGCAGCACGAUCGGCGAGCGCUACUACGUGUCGACGCACUACUCGGCGGUGCGGUACCAGUACCUGACGGCGCUGGUCAAGAAGAUAUUCAGCGAGGAGACCGUGAGCUACGACGGAUCGCCGCUACUGUUCUACGACCACGCGCGGGGGCUGAACCUGGCGAUGGGGUUCAAGCUGGAGGACCCGCACGCGCGGGGGAACGAGCGGCGCUACUGCCUGGUGCUUACGGUGGACCUGCGAGAACGGGCGCCGGCAAUGGAGAUCGUGUCGCAGCACUGGAAGUUCAUCUCGGGCGCGUUCGAGAACAUGAUCGAGUACAUCAAGCAGCAGCGGCGCGCGGAGCUGCUGCGGGUGAUGCAGCAGGGGCAGGUGCAGGGCACAUCGAACUUUUCGUCCAUGGUCAGCGGCACCUAUCUGCGCGGGAACAACCUGAAGAUACCGAAGAACAUCACGGAGCUGACCAACGAUAGACUGCUGUUCGUCAGGAUACACAAGUGGAAUGCAUUUAUACUGGAUAGACUGGGAGGGCAGCUGGACUGA